UGUAAAAAAAUGCCUUUAAAUAAUAAAAUUAAAAAAGAAUCAGAGAAAAAAUGCUCAAGUUGGUGGAGUUGCUUACAUGCCGCCAUUGAUGAUACAUUUUGGGAGUAUACAAGACGCACUAGAGUCAGUGGAAUAUGGUUAUUAAGGCCUCAUCGUACAGAGGGAAUAUCAAGAUGGUGCUGGUCUUCGGUUAUGAUUAUACUUUUCUUAUGUGGCGUCUAUUUGUCUUUGCAAUUGUGGUUGAAGUUCUAUUCCUAUCCCAUUUUGAAUACAAUUUCAAAUGAUUUACCCAUUACGGAUGUGGCUUUUCCCGGGGUCACCAUUUGCAGUCCCAAAGUGGUGAAUGUGGAGCGUGUAAGGCGUUACAUUAAAACGCUCGACAUACCCGACAAAUACAACAUCGAUGAGGUGGCAGCCGGUUUCGAAUACCUCAAUGCCUUUACCGAUCAGGGCUGGGCUGCUCCCAACAACAACAAUACUGUAUACGAAACCACCGAUGCCGUUUUGCGUUACAAUAAUGUCACUCUAUACGAAGCCGCCAUGCAAGUCUGUGCCAGUUGCGAUGAUUUUGUCAAACGCUGUUUUUGGGGCGGCAAUGAAUUCCCCUGCCGUCAAAAUCAUGAAUAUCUAUCAUUUAUACCCACCACCUCUUAUCUAGGACCAUGUUGUUCCUUCAACUAUAAUCCCCGUAAUCAAUCGUAUGUACCCUUCUCCUCCAAUAUCUUUGGCGUCGAUGGCGGCCUUUUAUUUAUAGGAGUAGAGGGUUCCGAGCGUAAUCUUUCUACCGGCUUAAUAGUUUUGGUCCAUCAUCCUAUGGAUUUUGUAACGGAAUCUACCACAUCGGUGACCAUCACUUCGAAUUCAGAGAGUUUUGUAGAAAUUUCUCCCACCGUACAGAGUUCCUCGAAAGAGGUUUUAGAGUUAUCAGAACGUAAGCGUGAUUGUUUAAUAUCCGAUGAUUUGGCGUUGAGUAGUUAUCGCCAGGCAUCUUGUCUGGUGGCCUGUCAAAGUCAGCUUAUCAUGCAGAAGUGUAAAUGUCAGCCUUAUCAUUUGCCCAAUGGCAAGGCUGAGUAUGAGUGUAAACUUAAUGAUUCUAUGUGUUAUUCGAAUGAGUAUGACACUUUUAAAAGCGCCAAAUGCGAUCAGUGUUUACCCAAUUGCUAUGACGUCACUUACUCGACAUUGGCCUAUAAAACAGAUCUAUUGCUUCACAAUUAUUCGAUUAGCUCACUUUAUUCUUUUACCAACUUUACCAAAGACUCGUUCAUAGUACGGGUUUAUUUGGCCAAACAGGUAGUGCCGGCUAUUCACAAGGUGACUGUUAUGUCCUGGAUUGGUUUAUUGUCUGACUUGGGUGGCGUUUUCAAUCUAUGUCUGGGUCUCAGCAUGGUGUCGGUGGUGGAGUUUUUCUACUACUGCACUUAUCGUUUGAGGGUCAACUAUCAAAUGCGCAAAGUCUUAAUGCAGUGA